UCACAAAUAUUGUACGCCAAGGCCGUUGCACACUGGUCGCCACUAUUCAGAUGUAUAAAAUUCUGGCUCUUAACUGUUUGAUUUCGGCCUACAGUUUAAGUGUCCUAUACUUGGAAGGUGUUAAACAUGGUGACCUACAAAUUACAAUAUCUGGCAUGCUGUUGGCUGUAUGCUUUCUUUGUAUAUCAAAAGCAAAGCCUUUAGAGAAACUUUCUAGGCAACGACCGCAGAGCAACGUAUUUAACUUUUACAUCAUACUUUCUAUUCUUGGACAAUUUGCAAUUCAUAUUGCCUCGCUGAUAUAUAUUGUCGAUUUGGUUUUUCAUUAUGAAGAAAAGAAGACAGUUGACUUAGAAGGUGAAUUUGAACCCAGUUUACUAAAUACUGCGGUUUAUUUAAUAUCCUUGUCCAUGCAAGUUUCUACAUUCGCCAUCAACUAUCAGGGACAUCCCUUCAGGGAAAGUUUGAAAGAAAAUACCGCACUUUAUUACGGUUUGCUUUCUGUUGGUUCCGUCGCUUUAUGUGGCGCUACGGAAUUUGUUCCUGAAAUGAAUUCAAUGUUGAAACUGGUUCCACUCAAGGAUGAGUUCAAGCUUCAUCUCACUGCCACUAUACUUUUCGACUUUUUUGGGGCAUGGUUGAUAGAAUCAAUAUCUAAAUUUUUAUUUGCCAAUAAUAAACCUAAAGCCAUUGCUAAACGAAAUCCUAAAAAGAUAGAGUCAACAAUGAAUUAA